CCCUCGCGGAGGACGGGCCGGACUCCUCGCCGCGGUCCGAGGGCUGGAAAUGGGCAGGACGGGCCGGGCUCGCCGCGGUCCGAGGGCUGGAAAUGGGCAGCGAAUUCUUUGCUCCUGAGAAGCAGAGACACCGGCCAGAGGGAUGCGUGGGCCCCCGAGUUGUCGCACUGAUCGCCUGGGGCGGUUUGUCCGGGUCGGACCCGCGCGUGCUUGGCUCCGGGCAGCCACCGCUCGCUCACCCGGAUCCCGCGCCGCAGCCCCCGCCGGCCGCUGCUGCGCAUGCGCGCGGACGCCCCCCGCAGCCCAGCGGUGGAAACGAGGCGUGGUCUCGCGGCUGGCGAGAGCGCCGCGUGCCCCGCUCGGGCGGCUCCGCGGGUCCCAGGGCAGCGCACCUGCAGAGGCGGCCGCGGCCAGGAGCCCCGCCCCUGGGGAGGGGCCGUUCUGCAGGUCUCCCCGCCAUCCACGGCCCCAACACCAGGCCAGGCAUGAAAUUUAGCGGCGAAAAGGACGUGGUUGACGUGGUGUCAAUGGACUGAGGCUAAGCUGGAGCCGGGUUCCCAGAGGCACCUGGAUCCGACUCGACAGCCCGGCAGUCCGCGGCGUCUCCCGCUAGCGAAAUGCUGCAGCGAAGCGUGGAGUCCGCGGCCGCCCAGCCCAGCGCCGCUGCCCAGGAACCCGCGACCCCAGCCAGGCCCCAGGCCCCAGGAAGAGCUCCGAGCCAGGGCACGCCGCAGAAGCCCAGCCCGUCAGCUCCGCCUUCCCGGCCCCGCCGGCGGCCCCCACCCCAGCGCCCGCACCGCUGUCCCGACUGUGACAAGGCCUUCUCGUACCCGUCCAAGCUGGCCACGCACCGGCUAGCGCACGGCGGCACCCGACCCCACCUGUGCCCAGACUGCCCCAAGGCCUUCUGCUACCCCUCCAAGCUGGCUGCCCACUGCCUUACGCACAGCGGCGCCCGCCCGCACCCGUGCCCGCACUGCCCCAAGGCCUUCGGCCACCGCUCCAAGCUGGCGGCCCACCUCUGGACCCACACCCCGUCACGCCCCUAUCCGUGUCCCGACUGCCCCAAGUCCUUCUGCUACCCCUCCAAGCUGGCUGCCCACCGCCACACGCACCACGCCACCGACGCCCGCCCCUACCCUUGCCCGCACUGCCCCAAAGCCUUCUCAUUUCCCUCCAAGCUGGCCGCCCACCGCCUUUGUCACGACCCCCCCACCGCGCCCGGCAAGCCAGGCCCCAGGCCGGCAUCGGUGCUCCAGCUGCGACUCCUGCUCCUCCAUCAGCGGAGCCACGCCCAGGCGGAGGGCCCAGGGAAGAGGGAGUGAGCGCCAGCGGCUCACUGGCUCCCUCUGCUGCCAGCCCCUGGCAGGAACCAGGUGGGAUGUGGACUUGCCUCUUGGAGACAGCGGGCAGGGACAGACUGCCCAUUUAUUCUGUACCUGACCCCAGAAGGCGAGGACCCCUUUGCUCACCUGCUUUGGGGAGGGGGAGGUGCCAACCAGAGCUAUCCCUGGGUUGAUGGGAAACGCCAACGGGCUCUCUUGGCAGCUAAAAGUUUGAAUUGGUGUCUCCACUUGGGCGGAUGGCUGUAUAAAAUGCACACAUCCUCGUUUCAGCCACUCUCCAGGUAGGGCCUGACCCCAUAAAUGUGCACGUGUGAGAAGGCAGGAAAGGCUGCUCACUGGAGCCCGGUGGUUGUGGCCAGACCGGCAGCAGCCCAAGCGCCCAUCAGCAGGGGCCAGCUGGUGACGGAACAGCCACGGUCGGGACACGCAGCCACGCGCAGUCAGUGCUGCGUGUGGAUGGAUGUGGAGAGAUUCCCAAGCUCUCCCGGCUGGUGAUGCCACAGCCCACGCCUCGGAGCCAGCCUGAGCCACUGCUUCCAAGCUGCAGGGCCCUGACAAGCCCUGUCACUUCUCUGGACCCCGGUGCCUUUCCUCUCGCAUGGCAGCAUCUGUAAGGGGCGAGCAGUGUCUCAGCAAAGCCGGCCCCCAUCUGAAGCCUGUGUCUCCCCCCGGGAAGUAAGACGAGCAAGCUAACGCCAAGCUGUGUUCUAAACACGCGCACUCAGCGUCUACGGUGUGUGUGCUCUGAACAGGGUGUCGGGAACAUGGCAGUGAGGACAGACCCCGGCUAGUGAGGUGGGGGAAGAAGCCAAGUCCAUUAGCUGGGUGAGUAGGGGAGCCGCCCCAUCCCACCCUCCCACUCCAGCUCCAGGAAUCACUACCAAGUUGUAGCAAUGGCGCCUGUGCUGUUGGCCUGAGCAUACGCCAUGGGGAGAAGUGAGUUCAGAAACACCCGUGAUGUGACAGACCCUACCUGUGUGUGGGGAGGCGAAGGGCCAGAUGGUUUCUGCUCCUAGGUUUUGCCAGCCCCAGGGCUGACCGCAGGGUUUGCCACCGUAGCAGAAGGCAGCCAUGCGCCUCACCACACGUGGGUGGGGGCAUGGCUGGGCGCCAGUCGGGCUCUGUAAGGACAGCAGACGAGCUAGGUCUCCCUAGGGGCUGUAGUUUGUUGGCCCCUGCUGCGGAAUGGUCCGUAAAGGAGGCCAAGAUCCAGGGAAAUAAACUAAAUGGGAUCACAAGACCCCCAAGCUG